GCUCCAGAACAUAUCAGGGAGAGGCGGGAAGACACAGAGCUCGAGCACAUUCAGCACAAGAGGCGGGAGAUGAAGUGUUUCCGCGAGAGCCAAAGCGCAAACCAGGUGCACCACGCGCUGCACUUUCAAACAGACCAGCGCAACUCGCUAGCUGCUCCCUCUCCGCUGUUUGCUCCUCUAUCAGACCCACGGGACUUCACUGGUUCAUCCCUAACCUGACAGGCUCAGCUCAUCGGACCGGGAGACCGGGCGAACGCAGGAGUAGGGGGACACUGAGCCGGAGUUGGAGGGGGGACAUGCUCGCUCAGCAACCCAGCAUAGUUUCUCCAAGGUGGGCCAAGCUGUGACAGAGGGCCUCUCUCUGGUGAGCCAAUCCGCAACCCUGACCGCUCCAGCAGGCCUCACUCCCAGUCCUAACUACUGUGUGUGCCAGGACCAGGCCACCUCCAGCCCAGGCCAGACCACGUCUACCCCAGGCCAGCCCAGAGUGGGUCAGCCCCAGCCCAACCCACCUCUUCCCCAGCCCAGUAGCGGCCCAGGCCCAGGCUCCAGAAGCAUGGCCUUCACCCUGUCAGAGAUCAUGGCUGCACGGCGGCAGCAGCAGUCCCAGGCCCAGCGGGCAGCAGGCAGGGUGGCCGUGGAGGUGGAUGAAUACAGCACCAACCCCACCCAGGCCUUCACCUUCUACAACAUCAACCAGGGACGCUUCCAGCCCCCGCACGUACACAUGGUAGACCCCCUGCCCCACGACACUCCCAAGCCGCCAGGUUACACCCGUUUUGUGUGUAUCUCAGACACCCACUCCCGUACGGACGCCAUUCAGAUGCCCUAUGGAGACGUGUUCAUCCAUGCUGGAGACUUCACAGAGCUGGGACUGCCCUCUGAGGUCAAGAAGUUCAAUGAUUGGCUAGGCACCUUGCCCUAUGACAUAAAGAUAGUGAUUGCGGGGAACCAUGAGUUGACCUUUGACCAGGAGUUCAUGGCUGACCUGAUCAAGCAGGACUUCUACUACUUCCCGUCGGCCUCCAAGCUGAAACCAGAGAACUACGAGAACGUCCAGUCCCUGCUCACCAACUGUAUCUACCUGCAGGACUCAGAGGUCACUGUACGAGGCUUCCGUAUCUACGGCUCCCCCUGGCAGCCAUGGUACUAUGGCUGGGGUUUCAACCUGCCAAGAGGUCAGGCUCUGCUGGACAAGUGGAACCAGAUCCCCGACUCCACCGACAUACUGGUCACACACUGCCCCCCACUGGGGUUCCUUGACUGGGUUCCUAAGAAGAUGCAGCGGGUGGGCUGUAUGGAGCUGCUCAACACUGUCCAGAGGAGAGUACAGCCCAAGCUGCACGUGUUCGGACACAUCCACGAAGGUUAUGGUAUGAUGACAGACGGCACCACCACGUUCGUCAACGCCUCGGCCUGCACCGUCAACUUCCAGCCCAUGAACCCGCCCAUCGUCUUCGACCUGCCCAAUCCCACCAGGACCACAUGACUAGAGAAGCCCCGCUCUGCUGAGCCCCCCUCCAAUCAGGAGACAAGUGGUGGGAAGGCAGAUAGGUGAGGGUGGUGGGCAGGUGUGGUGGAGUACUGUAUAUAGUCAAGGCUCUAACGGAUGCUGUGUGUGUGCGUGUGGGUGUGUGUGGGGCACAACACACACAAGCCCAAGUCUCUUACAGACGAUGUGUGUAUCUAAAGAGACAGGCGCUGUUGCCAAUCCUCACUUGGCAAAUCCAUCGAUGUUCUUUAAUAUACUGUCAUUCCUUUAUUUCAACAAAAGCUCUUACAAACUCGAAAGUAAGGCAAAAGACAGACCCCAGAUGCCUAAUUUCUCAUAUGGACAUGUCAGCAUUAGUCUGUGAAUCUUCUGUUGCACUUCUACUGCACUGACAAACUGACCUGGCUGUCAGAUAGAGAAGAGGACAGGGGGAACAGUGUCUCCUGUGUCACUGUUUGAACUCACAGUCUUUCUCUCAGAAGAAGACACUGGAUAACUCUCAUUCUCUCUUGUUCCUCAUAGAGGACUCUGUUAAGCCACCAGUGGAAGUUGCUCAGUGGCGACAUUUUGACAUUGUGACAGUGUGGUCCACCCUUCAUUUGAGACCUUCCCUGAGGAGUGAUUGAACACUUACCAGUAGGGUUUCAGAACAUGAACCCAAUGUCCAUGUUCGACUUUGUGGAGCUGUUUGCCAGCACAGAAAGGAUACCCCUGCCAGUACUCUGAUAUCACAUUUCCUGCACUGCAGAUUAAAACACUGCUUUCCCCUCAUCCCUUUUUCUCUUGAUCCCUCUUUUCCUCUACCCCUCUAGUUUCACUCUCUUUCUUUCUCUCUCUCUUUCUCUCUCUCUCUCUCUCUCUCUCUCUCUCAGGCCUUGGGCAUGGUGGUUUGUGCGUGUGUAUGUGUCUGUGUGUGAGAGAGAUCAAAGUGUGUGUGUGAGGGCAGUGGGAGGUCUCUGCCAUGGGCUGUGUGUGAGUAUAAGUGUCAAACGUGUUGACACCACUCCCCUGGGUCUCAUUACAACUCUCAGUAAGCCUCUUAACCAGGGGAGAGGGAUCUCUUCUCUUCCUCUUUUCCCUUGUUUUUCCCCCUCUCUCCUUCUCCCCCCUCCCUCCCUCGUUGCAUGUGUAAUCAGCUCACCAUCUCAUCCCUGGCUCAUGUGCCGUGAUCCUGACAAGUUUAUUCCGAGGUCACCGGCUGGGAAGUCUGCACGAUUUUGAUUCCUGGUACGGAUGACUGGAAAUACGUAAUAGCCAACGGAGCGGAUUGGCAAAUGUGUUUGCUCCCGACCCUGUACAGAAGCAGCGGUGUCUGGAAUGUUCUCGCUGCUCCAUGGUGCCCUUUCUGGGAGAGAUGUAUCAUGGGAAUGAACUUUGAACUCUUAGUGGACCAAUGGAUGACGAUGAGGUGUAGGCCUAAUGUACCGUAACUGGUCAAGAAGUCAGGAACUGUACAUCUACAUCACCUGUCAUUGUAAAAACAUGUUAGCAAUCAAGGAUUACUUCAAAUGUUGUUAAAUAUGUGUGUGUGUUGUUUAAAAAAAGAGCCAGUGCAGAAACAAUGUUUACAUUUUAUUCUAAGUUCAGUUCUUUCUUGAAUAGGCUAAUAAAUGCUUGUUAAUGUAUAAUAAUAGCUGCACUAUGUUACACUCAAAAAAAUGCUGGGUUGUUUGGUUGACUCAACUCACGAGUUGUUUUCUUUAAAAACUUCAGGGUUAUUGAUGCUGGGUUAUUGAGUUAUGUCCCAGCGGGUCAGAUCAGAAGACAGGAGGCGUAGUUUAGUAGGGGCGUGGUUUUCACAUAGUUAUUUUUAACCACCCAUGAAAGUAAAUGUCAUUCCUAUUCAUCUGUUCGGUUGCAUAGUUAUCACAUAUUAUGGUCGAACAUUUAACAUUUUGUAGCUUCAAUGACGCUUACAGAAGUGUAUAUGUAAAUCCCAUUGUUGGGAUACAAUAAGGUGGUAUACCUUAUUAGGCAAUAAGAUGGUAUACCUUAUAAUAAGUAAUAAGAAUGUUAAUAUUACAGACGAAUGUGUGAAAAGCGUGUUAUUGACAUUUUAAUUUGCAGUAUGUACAUUUAAGAUGAUGAACAGGAGUGACAUUUAGUCUCACGGGUGGCCAAUAAGAUCUUGCUUAAAGCCACUCCCCUAAUAAACCACGCCUCCUGAAAAUAACCUAAGGAUUACGUUAAAUAAGACCCAGCUUCUAGGUCAACCCAGCAUGAGAGUAAAAAAUACCCAACUGAUGGUUACAUUAACCCAUGUUUGGGUAAUCCCAACUACCCAACAUGUUGGGUCAUUCAUGCAACCCAACAGGCUGGGUCAAAAUAACCCAGCAUGCGUUCUGUCCACUAUUUAACCAACACUAAAUUGGGUUGUUUUUAGCCUAUCAUGUUUUAGAGUGCACGGGGUUACCCACACCUUGUGUAGCUAUUAUUAACGCGUUCAUGUUGUCAAGCAGUUGUCUGCGUAAAAAAGGGUAAAAAAUUUCUUUCGAAAGCACUUGUGAAUGAGCGUCCUUCCUCUGCUCGUCUGGAAGCCUUUGGUUGGCUAGCUGAGCUCAAAGUGUGGUUAGCAUAACAUGACAACAUCCCUGUUUGUUCUGUCUCUGCUCUCAUUAGACAUUAUAUAUCAACAUCCCCUCUGGCUACAUUUUAUUCCCAGGGUCACUGGGCUUUUACUGCUGUUCUGCACACUGUGCUAGCUGGGCUAUGUCUUAAUGGGGCAGAUUAGUGGGCUGUUGUAGGAAUAAGUUAGAGUGUUUACAGAUAAGUGUGUGUGAAUACUGUAUGUGGGUGUAUACCUGUGUGCGAUUGUGUGCAUGUGGAUAGAGCCAGGGGGUAAGCAUCCUGGGAACAUGCUUAACCGGGACGGGGGGACGGGGACGGGGGGGGGGGGGAUCAAUGUCUGUAUCAUCGUACUUUCUUUUAAAGAUUUCUGAGGGGGAAAUGUCUGUUUGUUUUUCGCCAUUUCUUACUAUUCUCUUUCAACCAUAACUUUGAAAUGUCUCACUUUUUAUGCACUGUGCCUCAAUAGCUGUAUUCUGUAUUUCCUGUUUUCUUUGAAAACUCAACAUGUUUGCCGUUGUAUUUCUCAUUCGUUCCUUGGGGCAUGCUGUUCUGAAUCUAAUAACUUUUGAUGACAAUCUGCUUGUAUUGUAUAUCAUUGUUACCAUUGUUUGGGAUAUACUAACUAUUGUUUUUUAAAAUUGCUUUAAUGAUGUACAAUAUUUUUUCAUGUGAAAAGAGAAAAAAGUCCAACCAUUUUAGAAUGGUAUUGUAUAAUGUGUUGCCCCUGGAGACAACUCUGUAAAUGUAAAAUACCUUUCUUAAAACUACCUGCUUCUGGUUUUCUGAGAGAUUAUCUACACAAAUUUAAUUAAACCUUAUCUGUGACCAAUG